AUGCUCAAACGAAAGGCACAAAACAUCAAGCUGCGACUUUUGAAUCUGCGACCUGUUCAAGCGACUUUAAGGUAUGUUCGGAAAGGUUAUCCCAGUGAUACCCUAGUUCUCCUUGGAAAGGGCAAAGAAAAUGAUGAUCGAGAGAUAUACCCUUGGGUUGCCAGACAGGCAUGUCGAAGAAACCAGUGGUGUACUCAAGUUACAUCCGCUGAUAAUGGAACCAGCGGGAACGGUGGUCAUUGGAUUUGGAAUCGGUGCUUGAACAGUCAUGAUCUGCGCGGUCACGUCGGCAGUGGACGUGGUGAACCAGCGGCGACCAAAAAAACGUUGGUAAAAUCGAACCAAAGUCGGUACAGCCCCGGUUUUCAGCCAGGAUUCAACCGGGUAUACCGUAUCAUCACAAUUACUCCACAAAAAGGGGUCUCGUGGUGA